GCAAAAGAAAAAAUUAUGUAUGAAAAAGAAGCAAGACAACAAGAAGAAAAGAUUGAAAAGAUGAAAGCUGAAGCAUGUGAUGAUUAUGGGAUUAAGAAGCAGAUCGAGAUCCUGCAGGAGUCGCGGAUGAUGAUUCCGGACUGCCAGCGCAGGCUAGAAGUGGCGCAUGCAGAACUUACUCAGCUACUAGAAAAUGAAAAAGAGUUGGAAGAGGCUGAAGAGUAUAAAGAAGCACGUUCCUUACUGGAGUCAGUGAAGCUGGAAGACUAG